CCCAAACAUGGACUCACUCUCCCCUGCCUUAAACCCCUCUGACAACCUCUCCGGUUCCAAUCAAGCCCAUAUGCCCUCAAAAUCCCCUUCCAGCCUAUCCAACAUGCCCAAAACUUCUACUUUACACAAAGAAUUGGAUUCAAAGAGGCCUAAAGCUGCUUUAAAGUCCAGAGACAGAAUAAUUGAACCAAAACUAAACAAGAAGAUAAGAGAUUUGGAAACUCAGAGAAAAAUAAGUGAGAAAGAAAGGGAGAUUCAGAAGGAGGCUGAAGAGAGUGGAGAGAGUGAAGGGAAGUUGGAAAAAGACACAACUCCACUCGCCUUCGAACUUGAACUUGCCAACAGGAACAACAUCGAGCUUCAAAAGCUGAACGAUGCUCAAAACCUUGAGAAAAUCUUCACUCAAAACCUGUACAGUCACCUUCAGGAUGGCAAAGAACUCACCGAACAGAAAUUAGGAAGAAUCCUUGAGAAAAACAUUAAGCUGGAUAAAAGGAUUCUGGCCCAGACCAAAGCUCUGAUGGAUCAGGACUUUGAGAGUUACCUUGACAUGGAUACUUAUAAGGGAAAUAGAGGGAUGAAUCCCUUGGAUAGUGAAGAACAUAUAGAUGAAUUCUUGGAUCUUGAUAAGGACCCAUUUGCCACUGAGAAUGUGAUAAAGAGAAGAAGAGCUAAGAGUAAUGAUUCGAGAAAGCAGAGAUUGUCUGAGGAAAGUAGUAUCUCAACGGAUAGAAGUAUGGAAGAGUCGAUGUUAAGAGAGUAUUGGGAUGAUUUUGAUGAAAAGGAUAAUUUGAAAAAAUCAAAAGAAGGAACAAAUUUUAUUGACUUAGAUAGUCCCUUUGUUGCAACAUCUCAAAAAGAAAAACAAGAGUUCCAAAAAUUAAAAGGAGUUGGAGCAGACCGAAAAGUGCACGAAAAGCCUCAAGACGUUCUCCUGACUCAUUACGAUACUUUAUCUCAAAAAUAUAAGAUGCCUAGCAUAAAUCUUUUAAAAUUGCAAAAGGAAGAGUACAGGGCAUAUAUUGCAAAGCUACGUGAUGUUGCCAAGGUCCUAGUCAGACGUGCCAAGAAGGAAUGCCGUAUUAAAUGCAAGAAAUACCUACACGAGAAAUUCGAUCAGUAUAAGGAAUCCAUUGAGCUCGAAUCCUCUUCGAUGACUAAACAGUUCAUUAAGAUCAAGGAAGAACUUGAAGAGAGACAAAAGGAAGUCGACCAAUUUCACCGCAAGUUUAUUGAUCAGGAAAUUAUGAUUGACCAUAUGGCAAUCUUACUCUCCAAUGCUGGCAUUGACUACUUUGAGUUAACAAGUCAGGAGGAGAGAAGACAGCUUCAGAGAGAAAUUGAGAAAGAAAACAGGGAUAAAUUACUCUCUCUUUCACCACAAAAACUAGAAUGAGAAUGUGAAAAGAAGUAUUAUGGACUAGACUAUUGUAUUUCUUUAUCAAAGCCGUUCUCUUUGUAUUCUUUUCAAGCUCCGUUGCUCAACAUGCACAGCCUGAUUCCAGAUGCUGAAGAGAGAGCUUACCUUAGAGAAGAGAACGAAAUCUACAAAAGGAAGAUCGAGGUGUAUGAGAAAGGAUUUAAAACUUACACGUCCUUAAUUGACGAUAAGAAACAGGCUGCGAUUAUUGAGGAACAAAGGAAAAUUGAGGUCAAAAAGCUCAAUCAAGAAAUUGAGGAUCUUAAGGACAAGCAUGAACAGGAAAUUGCUAGACUCACUUCGGAUCAUAAAGCUGAGCUUGAAGCCUUAUCAUCUCAGUAUUAUGAAUACAAGAUUACUGCUGAUGAAGAGACCAAAAUAAAUGAAGCUAUUAGAUUUGCACAGAGAAAAGAAAUCAAUAAACUUAAAACUGAUAUCAGGAAACUGAACAAGAUCAUGCUUGUUCCAAGGCUACAUUCUAAAUAUAUUGAGAAAGUGUUGACUCCUGAUGAUCUUCCCAGACCAUCAACUCCUUCCAGACCAAAAAUAAAGCAGUACGAGCUCCCAUUGGUAAGCCAGAUGCAGACAAUCUCAAGUAAACUAGCAGCUAAAAGGUCUCAUCUACUGUCAAGAAAUGUACAGACCCAGAUGAGAUCUUAUAACUCAGUCGUUUCUAUGAAAAAGCCACUCAGUAGCCAUACCAGGCUGGCCAUGCUGACAUCAAGAGAGACAAUUCAAUCAACUAAGGAGUCCAACACUGCAAGAACCGUUUUAAGACUUGGGAAUAAGUUCAGAUAAGAAUUGUAGAUUUCAAAGUCGGUUUCAAUAAUUUUA